GAUAUUUCAUCAUGAUUUGUGAGACUCUUUCCAGAUUACAAAGCUUGAAGGCGAUUUAUACUGAGUAGACCUUGUCUAGCUUAUCUUCACUUUUACAUAUUCUGGGUUUAUUGUGACAUUGAUUGCGCGUUUGUCUGUGUUUAUUAUGGAACUAGCUGUUUCGCUGUCAAAUAACUUUCCUAGGCGCGUUUCAUUUUGUGGAAAUGUUGUACCUAUUUCCUCUAUGAGGCUUUUUGUACACUUCCUCUAGUGACGCUACUAUGAUGCCUGGAUGAAGAAAAAAAGAAGGCUUACGGAAGUAAACUCUGUAAGAUUCAUCUUCCAAUGUACACCGACUUGUUUUAUCCCUUUGUUCUGACUUGCAGUAUGUGAAAUCGACGUUUGAACGGUGUCUGCACAUCGUAUUACAUGGGUAUUCCUGAAAUGACUCCUUCAAGGUUGGUCACACAUCAUCAGACAACAAAAAGAUACUGUGCGAUACGUAUGAGGAAGAGUUAUUCAAUGGUUUAAGAAAUAGGUAACUGCAGUUCUCGUGGUUCCGCAGUCAUGUUACAAAACAGAGAUGCAGCCCUCAAGUGGUUGUGGUAGCGUUCCCGUUCACCUCAUAAUGGAAUCUGAUCAAUGCCGGGCAUACUUCUUUAUACCCUUACUUCCUGCCGUACAUAAUUUUAUGAGCGGUACUGACCUUCCGUAUUCGCUGUCGGUAUGGCAGAGAAGGGGGACUUGGCUAUGCACUUGCUCGUGGCAACCUCUUUUAACUGUUCCAUACUGCGCCUUCAUUCGUUUUUUUUUGUGUUGGAUAUCGAUCCUUUUGUCCGCGCAACACCUUCAGGUAUUUUUUCCCUUUUUAUUUAUUUCACUGCUUGCCUUACUCUUAUGUGAAUGGGGUGAUAAUAAGGGUUUGUGUCUUUGAAUCCGAAGCGUACUAUUCGUCUCGGACUACUGUUUUUUA